GCAGAGGCUAGCGUUUUUCCCUCAGACCCCAACGGAAGGCCUGCGUAAUUUACUGGGAAAGAUGUCAGCUUUUAACUUAGUGUACUAGGAAGGAUGUAAGAAGGAGAAAACGGCCUCAACCCGGUGAUGUAAAGUUCUCUACACUCCUGGACGGCUUUGGGUGUUGGGGUUGAUUGAUUUUUAUAGGCAUUAGUCAAUAUACACAGUGUGGCCAAGUUCAAAUACACAACUUGACGAUUUGACAAACAUGGGGUUUGCGUCCCCCGGCCGGGGGACGCUCGACCACUUUCUCUGAGACACCCGAAAAGCCCGAAUUUCUGGGACAAGUACUCUAAAUGCAUAACAGACUAUUGAUAUCAACCGCUAAAGCCAUGUGCCAAGUGACAGCAGUGACCUGGGGGGUUCAUUGCUGCCUCGGUCGACACAGCCAGCUGCUCAGGUGCAUUCCUAUGCUCAGGAAGCAUACACUACAUGCAACUACAUUAAUAAAGGAGCCGCUGACAGUUCCGCCCCAAUGUGGUCUCCUAGCAUAACACCCCCAGCCAUGGCCGAAGGCACGGCCGUGGCCAGAGCUGCACGCAUCUACGCUGGGGGCAGGCCCUGGCCAGGCUGGGCGGGCCUGGGUGGCAGCUGGGCGGGCCUGGGCGGCGGCUGGGCGGCCCUGGGCGGCCCUGGGCGGCAGCUGGGCGGGCCUGGGCGGCAUCUGGGUGGGGGCUGAGCGAGCCUGGGCAGGAGCCACAUACCAAUGGGUUACCAGGAAGUUACCAUUUUAUCAAAGUUUACCGAGGUUUUACCGAUCAGCCAACCCAUACCCAUCCUGACCGAUGCUAACCGACGCUGACCAUCGGUUUAUUAGGGUGACCGCCCGGUAACCGCCCCCAUACCGAUCGGUUUAAUAGGGGCUGGAACGGUAGGGCUACAUGCUCCUCCCCAUCAGCGUGGCAAAGCGGACAUACUCUCUGUGCUCUCUCCCUGUGCGCACCCUGCGCACCGCGUGGGUUGUUAGCCUCAAUCAUCCACACGCCCAUCCUGAAUCUCAUCAUGGAGACAUGCCAUGCUCGCGGAAUGUGCCAGGUAUGAUUGAGCGCAUUCAGGCCAGCAUGGGUGCCUCAUAACCAACGUGCAACGGGUGGUGCGGGGACUUGGAUGGUUGCAGUGCGGGGGGCCGCCCAUCCUGCUCACUGCCUACACGGUGAAGGCGGGGACCGUGCUACAAAUGGCUCCACAGUUAGCCGCCCUGAAGGCUAAGCAUUUGCAGUAUGUGUGCGAUGCGGGUGUGUCGGGGGUGGGGGCUGCCCUGGCGGCGGGGGCCUUCGUGUGCACCUUGGCCCGCUUGUGGUCGCUGAAAUGGGAGAAUCAUCAUAAGGAAGCACUGUGGCGUGUGGCCGCCAACGCUUGCUGGGCGUUUCCACGGCAUGCUAGCGAGCGGGCGCGAGGCGUUACUGUUGACCCGUGUUGGGCGUGUGGGGUGGACAUGCAGGAUGGGGACCGGCGUCAUUGGUUUUGGGACUGCACUGUUGCGCUGUCACUGCGGGAAAGUAUGGGGAUGGCUAUGGGUUUCCUGCCGGAGGAGGCUCUAAGUGCCUUCUCUCGUGAGGAGUUGUGGUUAGUGCGCCCGCCUGCGGGGCUUGCGCCACCUGUGUGGGAUGUGGUGUGUCUCGCUGCUAUGUCUGCCCUGGACUUUGGUCGGCAGCGUGUGGUUAUGGCCGGGUUGGCGGCGCGAGCGAAGCUGCCGUCGGCCCGGGUGCUGAGCAUUGGACUUGCCGUCGUAGCUGACUUCUGGGGUCGUCUCCAGACGUUUGUGACUUUGGGUGUCAGGCCGAAGGGUUGGGACGCUGUGCCGUUUGCGCAUCCCUUCAUAUCUCGGGCUGUUGGUGACGGCAUGGUUUUGCGCUUGCCGUAUGACGCUGAUUCCCCGCCCCCCUCGCCGUGAGAGGUUGUGCGUGGUUGGUGGCUAUGUGUGUGGGCAGGAUGCACGUGUGGGCGACCGUUCUAGUACCUGGACGCUUGCGCCCUGGUUAGUGCGUGCGCUGUGCGUGUGUCCUGCGGCCUAGACGUUUCCCGGCACUCCUGUGCCUAGGCUUGUGGCGUUGAGGCACAGCGGUGGGGCUCUGGCGGGUUGAGGCUUGGCUAGGACUCACUGUGCGCGGAGUCACACGGACUUUGCCCGCGGGAGGGUUUGCAGCAAAGUCGGGGUUGGGCCCUGAUAGCAUGUGAUGGCUCGGCGUCUUCGGGAGCUGGGACUGUCCCCUCUGUAACAUCCGCAUCCAUAACCAAGGCCUUCAAUGCAUGCAUGGUUGCAAUAUCUGGCAUGUGGCGCUGAACGCUGGGUUGUCCUGCGUCCCAGCCAGCACGGAUAGCGUAGUGCUUUUAACAUGCGCGAGGUGUACUGACAGAUGACCUGGAAGCGUGGAGUACCUUGUGGAUGGUGAGUGCUGAUUGCAAUUUACAGCAGUGACUUUCUUGUUGGUGUUUGGUGUGGUGACCAUCAUGCUUGGCUUCGCUGACUGGACGUAUGUCACUGAGCUGUUUGACAGGCAGGCGUAGAGCAACGUGUAUGUUCGGGUUUAGUUUCUACCUGUCCUGUCUCUGCGUGAAGCUGGGGUAAUGUUUAUCUGCUUGCUUGUCGUGCCUUGGAUUGUUGCGUGUUUACAACAGGUUGAUGUGUGGCGUGGUUAAUCCCUUGCACUUUGAUGAGGUUAUUGUUAGCCAGUUGGUGUUCGCACAGGAGGUUAGUGGUCAAUGAAUAGUCGACCGACAGAUGGAUCGCGGGAUUUGUUUUUGGCAUUUAUAGUUUGGAUUCUAUGCGCAACGUUGCUUGGAAUACACGCUUAAUAUGCAUAGUUGGAAGACUUCGGGGACGCGAAUCGCUUGGAAAUGGAGGAGGGUCUCAAUAUGCUCGGCUCGCGAUGUCGCGCUCCUGAGCUUGUAUUAUGCACUGUGCGCGAUGUGUGUUCAGCAUGCAUAUUCUUACGAACAACUAGAGACUUGAGUGACGCGGUGUGAAAAUCAGUCGGAGUCUUGACAUGCUUGGCUCGCCAUUUCGCGCUCCCGAGCUCGUUGUGUGUGUUCCGAGUAAUGCACGCUCAAAAUACAUGUUCAAUAUGUCCGUGGCAAUGUUGGAGCUUCAAAACCGACAAGCAUGGUGUAUAGAUACACCUGGUAGCCUGAAUUCCUGUUUUUCCGGUGUAUUCUGUUGAUAUUGCAUCACGCCGUGCUUUGUGACAUUCUUGGUUAUUAUUGUUUGUAAAAUUCCGCGGCG